GCAUUCAUUGACACUAGAAUAGUUACCCACGUCCUUUUUCAGGGCCAAUCAAAUUACGAAUUAUAGUGUGACGUUAUCAAAUGCUAUCGCUUAUCCCUCACUGUUGCUAGUUCUGAAAUUUAAAUUGAAAGCCUCUCGAAAUUCGAAGGAAGAGAUGAGGCUAACGUCACAGGUAGCUCUAUCCGUUGGAGUAGAAGUGCUAUUUUUCUUGCUAUGGGAAUUCUGCACUGUUCAUGGAGGUUUGCAGGUUUUUAUCUACAACGUUUCCGGCCUGUGGUAUUACAACGCUGUUACAUUGCCUUAUUUUAUGAUGAACAAAAAACUGCACAUGGAACUCAAGCGGUGGACCUUCGGCCAAAGAAAGUGCAACACGGAAUUGACUGUUAUUGGUCCAAAACAUGCAACCUAUCCACCAAACGCUAAUCAGUUCCAACGAUCGUUCCAACCUCGUUCUAGAUUUUCUCGUCCUUCUUAG